CUCUCUCACUCCGCACGGUGAGAGCCACCGGACUCAUGCGGUCCUCCAGCACACCCACACACAGACAGUGAGAGAAAGAGAGAGAAAGAGGAGAGAGAGAGAAGAGAAGAGAAAAGAAGAGAGAGAAAACACAGAGGAGAGAAUCAAGAGUGGACAAAUACAAUCGAGUAAGCGAACGAAUAAAAAAACGGAAGGAUUUUUUUCCCCCACCUUUGUUUCUCUCCUGAGGAGCAGCAAGUAACCCUCGGAGAAGGAUGGCAGAUGGAGAGGGGGGCGAGGAGGAGAUCCUCUUCGUGAGGACGGGUGACCUGGUGGUGUUGCAGUGCAGUGCGACAGUUGCGAAGGAACAAAUUAAGCUGUGCCUCUCCUGCGAGGGUUUCGGGAACAGACUCUGUUUUCUGGAAACAACAUCCAACGCUAAGAAUGUCCCCCCUGACCUGGCCAUCUGUAGCUUCAUCCUGGAGCAGUCCCUGUCUGUGCGAGCCCUCCAGGAGAUGCUCGCCAACAGGGUGGACAUGUCCGAGUCAUCCCAAGGAGGAGGCCACCGGACGUUGCUCUACGGUCAUGCCAUCUUGCUGCGCCAUUACCAUUCUGCCAUGUAUCUCAGUUGUUUGACCACAUCCCGCUCACUCACAGACAAACUGGCCUUUGAUGUCGGCCUCCAAGAAGACUCAACAGGUGAGGCAUGUUGGUGGACAAUCCACCCUGCUUCCAAGCAGAGGUCCGAGGGUGAGAAGGUCAGGGUGGGUGACGACCUCAUUCUGGUCAGCGUGUCAUCUGAAAGAUACCUGCAUCUAUCCCUUGCGAGUGGUGACCUCAUGGUUGAUGCGUCCUUCAUGCAAACGCUCUGGAACAUGAACCCAGUGUGCUCGGGGUGUGAGCUUGCCGAGGGCUUUGUAACAGGAGGACAGGUCCUCCGAUUGUUCCAUGGCCACAUGGACGAGUGUUUGGCUGUCCCUCCUCCUGAUCAGCGCGAGGAGAACAAGAUUGCCCAGUAUGAAGGAGGCGCUGUCUGCAGCCAGGCCCGAUCUCUGUGGAGAUUGGAGCCACUUAGAAUCGGCUGGAGCGGCAGUCACAUGAAGUGGUACCAAUCCUUCCGCGUGCGCCAUAUCACCACGGGCCGCUACCUGUGCUUGGACGAGGAGAAGGGCUUGAUGGUGCUGGAUCCAGAGCGUGCAAAUACGAAACUGUCUGCCUUCUGUUUCCGUGUGACAAAGGAGAAGGUGGAGGUACCCAAGAAGCGUGAUGUGGAAGGCAUGGGAACACCUGAGAUCAAGUACGGCGAGUCUUUGUGCUUCAUGCAGCACGUGUCCACGAGUCUGUGGCUCACGUACGCUGCCCUUGACGCCAAAGCCGCCAGACUGGGCAACCUCCAACGAAGAGCAAUAUUGCACCAGGAGGGUCAUAUGGACGACGCAGUUUCUCUGUCUCGCUCACAGGAGGAGGAGUCACAGGCAGCUAGAAUGAUAUACAGCACCAUGGGCCUUUUCAGAGUCUUCAUCAAGGGUUUGGACUCGCUGAGUGGGAAAAACAAGAACCCGGGAAGCGUGUCUCUGCCCCUGGAAGGCGUCAUCCUCUCCUUGCAGGAUCUCAUCUUCUACUUCCGGCCUCCUGAGGAAGAGCUGGAACAUGAGGAGAAACAGACCAAGCUGCGCUCACUCCGCAACCGCCAGAAUCUCUUCCAAGAAGAGGGUAUGAUCACCAUUGUUCUGGAAUGUAUAGACCGUUUGAAUGUGUACAACACCGCAGCACACUUCUCCGAGUUUGCUGGUGAGGAGGCUGCAGAAUCGUGGAAGGAGAUUGUCAACUUGCUGUACGAGCUGCUGGCCUCUUUGAUCAGAGGAAACCGCUCCAACUGUGCCCUGUUCUGUGACAACCUGGACUGGCUGGUUAGCAAGCUGGAUCGCCUUGAGGCCUCCUCUGGUAUUCUGGAGGUGUUGUACUGCAUUCUGAUUGAAAGUCCUGAAGUCCUCAACAUCAUCCAGGAGAACCACAUCAAGUCAAUCAUCUCCCUUUUGGACAAACAUGGCCGCAAUCACAAGGUUCUGGAUGUGUUGAGCUCUCUGUGUGUGUGUAACGGUGUUGCUGUGAGGUCCAAUCAGAAUCUCAUCACAGAAAAUCUGUUUCCUGGUCGCGACCUCCUGCUGCAGACCAACAUUGUAAAUUAUGUAACAAGUGUUCGGCCCAAUAUUUUCCUGGGGACGUGUGAAGGGUCUACCCAGUACAAGAAGUGGUACUUUGAGGUGAUGGUGGACUACGUGGAGGCCUUCGUGACAGCCCAGGCCUCUCACCUGCGCGUGGGCUGGGCCAUGACCGAGGGCUACAGCCCUUACCCUGGCGGAGGAGAAGGCUGGGGAGGCAACGGAGUGGGAGACGAUCUCUACUCUUAUGGCUUUGACGGCCUGCAUCUCUGGUCUGGCCAUGUUUCCCGCCAGGUUGCCUCACCCGGGAUGCACAGUCUGUCGGCGGACGACGUGGUGAGCUGCUGCCUGGACCUGAGCGUGCCCAGCAUCUCCUUCCGCAUCAACGGUCACCCCGUGCAGGGCAUGUUCGAGAACUUCAACCUGGACGGCCUCUUCUUCCCCGCAAUCAGCUUCUCGGCCGGAGUCAAGGCUCGCUUCCUGUUGGGUGGUCGUCAUGGAGACUUCAAGUUCCUCCCUCCCCCAGGGUACGCCCCGUGCUACGAGGCUCUGCUGCCGAAGGAGAGGAUGCGCAUCGAGCCCAUCAAAGAGUACAAACACGACUUUGAUGGAGUGCGCAACCUGCUGGGCCCAACACAGUCCCUCUCACACACAUCCUUCACCCCAUGCCCUGUUGACACAGCCCAGAUUGUGCUGCCUCCCCAUCUGGAGCGGAUCCGGGAGAAGCUAGCGGAGAACAUCCAUGAACUCUGGGCAGUAACAAGAAUCGAACAGGGCUGGACUUACGGAAUAUUUAGGGAUGACAAUAAGAAGCUACACCCCUGCCUCGUGGACUUCCAGACUUUACCUGAGCCAGAGCGCAACUAUAACCUGCAGAUGUCUGCAGAAAUCCUCAAAACAUUGCUCGCUUUGGGAUGCCACGUUGGCAUGGGGGAUGAAAAAGCAGAGGAGAAUUUAAAGAAGACCAAGCUUCCUAAAACCUACGUGAUGAGUAGUGGUUACAAACCUGCCCCACUGGACCUCAAUCAUGUCAAACUGACGCCCAAUCAGAACCAGCUUGUGGAGAAGUUGGCCGAAAAUGGACACAACGUCUGGGCGAGGGACAGAGUGAAGCAGGGUUGGACCUACAGUAUAGUUCAGGAUAUCAUGAAUAAGCGUAACCCUCGUCUGGUGCCGUACAACCUGCUGGACGAGAGAACUAAGAAAACCAACCGGGAUAGUGUGAGUAAUGCUGUCCGCACACUAAUUGGCUAUGGAUACAACGUGGAGCCCCCGGACCAGGAGAGCAGUGGCCAUGGAGUCGAUGUGCCCAAGGACAAGGUGCGCAUCUUCAGAGCAGAGAAAUCGUAUGCCGUGACCCAAGGAAAGUGGUACUAUGAGUUUGAAGCAAUGACCACCGGCGAGAUGAGAGUUGGCUUUGCUAGACCCUGUGUCCUGGCCAGUAAGGAGCUGGGGACUGACGACCUGUCCUAUGUCUUCAAUGGAUCCAGAGCUCAGAAGUGGCACAUUGGCAAUGAAUCGUUUGGCCGACAGUGGGCGUCUGGCGACGUGGUCGGCUGUAUGAUUGACCUGGUUGAGAUGAACAUCAUGUUCACCCUGAACGGAGAGAUGCUCAUGAGUGACUCUGGCUCUGACAUGGCCUUCAAAGACAUAGAGCCUGGAGAGGGUUUCAUCCCUGUGUGCUCGCUGGGCUUGGGCCAAGUGGGCCGCAUCAACCUGGGCCAGAACGUCAGCAGCCUGCGCUACUUCACCAUCUGCGGUCUGCAGGAGGGAUUCGAACCCUUCGCCAUUAACAUGAAGAGAGACAUCACCAUGUGGUUCAGCAAGAGCCUGCCCCAAUUCGCGCCUGUACCUGCAGACCACAGCCACAUAGAGAUAGCGCAGGUGGAUGGAACCGUAGACAGCGCCCCCUGUCUGAAGGUGACCCACAAGACCUUCGGCUCCCAGAACGCCAACACCGACAUGAUCUUCUUCAGACUCAGCAUGCCCGUGGAGUUCCACGAGACCUUCAAGGUUCCGGCGGGCACCACCCCUCUCACUCGAGCGCUCACCAUCCCCGAGGACGAGGUGUUGGAGAUCGAACCCGACUCCGAGUACGAGGUUCUGAAGAAAUCGGCCAGUAAGAAAGAGCAGGAGGAGAAGGAGCCGUCGGUCGCCAAGGACACUGCCAGCAUGAAGGAGAAUGAAAAGGACACCAUCUCAGAAAAGGGGAAGAAGAAAGGAUUCUUCUCCAAGGCUAAGAAGGCCGCCAUGAUCGCAGCGCCAGCCCCACCCCCUGCACCGACUGUGCCCCGAUUGGUGGAGGAUGUCGUCCCCGAUGAACGAGAUGACCCAGAAAUCAUCCUCAGCACCACCACUUAUUACUAUUCAGUUCGCAUUUUUGCUGGGCAGGAGCCCGGCAGCGUUUGGGUGGGCUGGCUCACCCCGGACUUCCAUCAGUACGACCCUGGUUUCGACCUCACUAAAGUGCGCAAUGUGACCGUGACAGUUGGGGACGAUAAAGGCAAUAUUCAUGACAGCAUCAAGCGCAGUAACUGCUACAUGGUCUGGGGAGGCGACUUCACCAGCAGUUCUCAGCAAACUCGUUUUACUCAAGAGGACUUGGUUAUUGGCUGCCUAGUUGACCUGGCAACAGGUCUGAUGACAUUUACAGCCAAUGGAAAGGAGUGUAACACCUUCUUCCAGGUGGAGCCUAACACCAAGCUGUUCCCAGCUGUAUUUGCUGCCCCCUCCAGUCAAAACAUGCUACAGAUUGAACUUGGCAAGCUAAAGAACAUCAUGCCCAUCUCGGCGGCCAUGUUCCGCAGUGAUAGCAAGAACCCCGUGCCCCAGUGUCCCCCGCGCCUGGUUGUCCAGAUGCUGACGCCCGUCAUCUGGAGCCGCAUGCCCAACCACUUCCUGAAGCCGGAGGUGGGCCGCGUGAAUGAGCGGCUGGGCUGGAUGGUGGAGUGCACCGAGCCCCUCACCAUGAUGGCCCUGCACAUACCAGAGGAGAACAGGUGCAUUGAUGUCCUGGAACUGUCGGAGCGUUUGGACUUGAUGAAGUUCCACUAUCACACCCUCAUGCUGUACUGUGCUGUGUGUGCCUUGGGCAACAACCGUGUAGCUCACGCGCUCUGCAGCCACGUGGACGAGUCGCAGCUCUUAUACGCCAUAGAGAGUACGUACUUGCCGGGUCCAUUGCGUAGCGGCUACUACGACCUGCUGAUCAGCCUGCACUUGGAGUCGGCCAAGCGCAACCGCUUGGGCACCAACAAGGAGUUCAUCGUGCCGAUGACACAGGAGACCCUGAGCAUCACUCUGUAUCCCGGCGAGGACGCCAGCGCUCUGCCCGGCGUGGGCCUCACCACUUGUCUCAGGCCCAAGCUGCACUUCUCUGACAUCAACUUUGUGGGCACCAACCCUGAUCUCUACACUCUGAGUCCGGUCUUCCCCUUACAGGAGCUGAAGAUCAAGUCUCUGGCCAUGCUCACGGAGGCUGUGAUGGACGGUAGCCAGGCCAUGCGUGACCCUGUAGGGGGCAGCGUGGAGUUCCACUUCGUGCCCAUCCUCAAGCUGAUCAGCACCCUCCUCAUCAUGGGCAUCUUCAACGACGAGGACACCAUGCACAUCCUCAAGAUGAUCGACCCCAGCGUCUUCGGCGCCAAGCCGGAGGAGGAGGAGGAGGAAGGAGGAGAAGUGGAGGAGAAGGAGGAGGCGGAGGCCAAGGAGGGAGAGGAGGAGGAAGAGGCCAAAGAGGAGGAGGAGGUGGCUGCAGCCGAGGAUCUGGUGGAUGAAGGCGUAGGUGAGGAAGAGGAGGCGGCCGAGGAGGUGGAAGCCGCUGAGGGAGAGGAAGGAGGAGGAGAGGAGGAGGGCGGUGUGGUGGAGAAGGUGGACGUGGAGAAGGCGGAGGAGGAGAAGGAGGUGGAGGAGACUGGAGAAGAGGCAGCAGUAGAAGAGGAGGAGGAAGCCCCAGAGGAAGGACUUCUACAGAUGAAGCUACCCGAGUCAGUCAAACUGCAGAUGUGCACCCUGUUACAGUACUUCUGCGACUGCGAGCUCAGGCACAGGGUUGAAGCCAUCGUGGCGUACUCCGAUCAGUUUGUGCACGCUGUGCAGUCCAACCAGCGUGAGCGCUACAACGAGCUCAUGAGAGCAUUCACCAUGUCGGCAGCAGAGACCGCCCGCAGGACUCGCGAGUUCCGCUCCCCUCCACAGGAACAGGUGAUCAUGUUGACCAACUUCAAACAUGGUCCAGAUGAAGAGGAGUGCCCUUGUCCAGAGGAGUUUCGGGAGAGCCUCCAGGAGUUCCACAAUGACCUGUUGAGCCAUUGUGGUGUGGCUAUCGAGGAGGAAGAGGUGGAGGAGGAGGUGGACACGUCUCUCAGCGGACGUCUCCUGAACAUGAUUGAGAUGGUGAAGAGUCUGCGGAAGAAGAAGGAGGAGGAGCCUGAGGAGGAGGAGGAGGAGAUCAAACCAAGCACUCUACAGGAGCUCAUCUCCCACACCAUGAUCCACUGGGCCCAGGAGUCGUUCAUCCAGAACCCGGAGCUGGUGCGGCAGAUGUUCAGCUUGCUGCACCGCAUGUACGACGGGCUCGGGGAGCUGAUCCGCGCGCUGCCCAAGGCGUACGCCAUCAACGCCAUCUCCGUGCAGGACACCAUGGAGCUGCUGGAGUGCCUGGGCCAGAUCCGAUCGCUGCUCAUCGUCCAGAUGGGCCCCGAAGAGGAGAGGCUGAUGAUUCAGAGCAUUGGAAACAUCAUGAACAACAAGGUGUUCUACCAGCACCCUAAUCUGAUGAGAGCUUUGGGGAUGCAUGAAACCGUCAUGGAGGUUAUGGUCAACGUGCUGGGAGGUGGAGGAGACUCAAAGGAGAUCCGUUUCCCACAAAUGGUGACCAACUGCUGUCGUUUCCUGUGUUACUUCUGUCGCAUCAGCCGGCAGAACCAGCGCUCCAUGUUCGACCACCUCUCUUACCUGCUGCAGAACAGCGGCAUUGGCCUAGGCAUGAGUGGUUCCACACCUCUGGACGUGGCAGCAGCAUCAUGCAUUGACAACAAUGAACUGGCCUUAGCUUUGCAAGAACAAGACUUGGAGAUGGUUGUAGGAUAUCUGGCUGGAUGUGGCUUGCAGAGUUGCCCUAUGUUGCUGUCUAAAGGCUACCCUGACAUAGGCUGGAAUCCUGUUGGCGGAGAGAGAUAUCUGGACUUCUUGCGAUUUGCUGUCUUUGUCAAUGGGGAGAGCGUGGAAGAGAACGCCAACGUGGUGGUGCGACUCCUGAUUCGGCGUCCCGAGUGCUUUGGCCCCGCCCUGCGAGGUGAAGGUGGAGCUGGCCUACUGGCCGCCAUUGAGGAAGCCAUUAAGAUCUCAGAGGAUCCUGCCAGAGACGGACCCACAGUGAAAAAAGACAGGCGCUUCAUGCUUGGUGGUGAACAACAUGAAGACCAUAGAGUGCAUUUAGGAAAUGCUAUCAUGUCUUUCUACUCUGCACUGAUUGAUCUGUUGGGACGUUGUGCUCCAGAGAUGCAUUUGAUCCAAGCCGGAAAAGGUGAAGCUCUGAGGAUCAGGGCAAUCCUGAGGUCUCUGGUGCCCAUUGAAGACCUUGUUGGUGUCAUCAGUUUGCCCGUCCAGAUUCCCACAUUAGGAAAAGAGGGUCAGACUGUGGAGCCAAAGAUGUCCGCCAGUUUUGUCCCGGACCACAAGGCCUCCAUGGUGCUGUUCCUGGACAGAGUCUACGGCAUCGACAAUCAGGACUUCCUGCUGCACGUCCUGGAAGUGGGCUUCCUGCCCGACAUGAGGGCCUGUGCCUCUCUAGACACGGCUGCGUUUAGCACCACGGAGAUGGCGCUGGCUCUGAACCGCUACCUGUGUUCGGCCGUGCUGCCGCUCCUUACCAAGUGCGCCCCUCUCUUCGGGGGCAGUGACCACCGUGCCAUCAUGAUCGACUCCAUGCUGCACACCAUCUACAGGCUGUCCAGGGGGCGCGCCCUCACCAAGGCUCAGAGGGAUGUCAUCGAGGACUGUCUCAUGUCGCUCGUCAAAUACCUUCGGCCGUCCAUGCUACAGCAUUUGCUGAGGAGAUUGGUGUUUGACGUUCCCAUCCUUAAUGAGUAUGCUAAAAUGCCCCUUAAGCUGCUGACCAAUCACUAUGAGCGCUGCUGGAAGUACUACUGCCUCCCUAACGGCUGGGCCAACUUUGGCGUCACCUCAGAGGAGGAGUUGCAUCUGUCUCGCAAGCUUUUCUGGGGCAUUUUUGAAUCCCUGGCACACAAGAAAUUCGAUGCCGAGCUCUUCAAGAUCGCCAUGCCAUGUAUAUGUGCCAUUGGCGGCGCCAUCCCUCCUGACUAUGUGGAUGCCACAUAUUCACACACGGAGAAGAAGGCGUCUGUUGAUGCUGAAGGCAACUUUGACCCCAGACCAGUGGAGACCACAAACACCAUAAUUCCUGAGAGGCUGGAUGCAUUUAUCAACAAAUAUGCAGAACAUACCCAUGACAAGUGGGCUUUCGAGAAGGUUCAGAAUAACUGGACUUACGGUGAGCUGUUUGACGACGUUGCCAAGACACAUCCAAUGUUGCGACCUUACAAGACAUUCUCUGAGAAGGAUAAGGAAAUCUACCGCUGGCCAAUCAAGGAGUCUGUCAAAGCCAUGCUUCAGUGGGAGUGGACGAUUGAAAAGGCUAGAGAGGGAGAUGAAGACAAGGUGGAGAAGAAGGCUGCUGCGUCCACAAGGAAGGUGUCUCAUACUGCACAGGCAACAUAUGAUCCCAGUCAAGCGUACACCCCGCAGCCGAUAGAUUUAGCCGGCAUGGCACUUUCAAGGGAGCUGCAGUCCAUGGCUGAGCAACUGGCUGAGAACUAUCACAACACAUGGGGCAGAAAAAAGAAGAUGGAGCUCCAAGCCAAAGGGGGUGGUACCCAUCCUCUGCUUGUGCCUUAUGACACCCUGACGGCAAAGGAGAAGGCUCGUGAUCGUGAGAAAUCACAGGAUUUGCUCAAGUUCCUUCAGCUCAACGGUUUCGCUGUCACCAGAGGCCUGAAGGACAUGGAGCAGGAGAUCUCCUCCAUUGAGAAGCGCUUUGCCUAUGGUUUCCUGGUGAAACUUCUGAAAUGGAUGGAAAUCGCCCAAGAGUUUAUUGCUCAUCUAGAGGCUGUUGUGAGCAGUGGAAGAGUGGAGAAGUCACCCCAUGAACAGGAGAUUAAGUUCUUUGCCAAGAUCCUGUUGCCUUUAGUCAAUCAAUACUUCAAGAACCACUGCCUCUACUUCCUCUCCACCCCGGCCAAAAUCCUGGGCAGUGGCGGACAUGCCUCCAACAAAGAGAAGGAGAUGAUUGCCAGUAUCUUCUGUAAGUUGGCUGCUCUGGUGAGACACAGAGUUUCCCUCUUUGGAACUGAUGCUGCGGCUGUGGUGAACUGCCUGCAUAUCCUGGCCAGAUCUAUUGAUGCCAGGACUGUGAUGAAGUCAGGCCCUGAGAUUGUGAAGGCAGGCUUGCGCUCCUUCUUUGAGAGUGCAGCUGAUGACAUUGAGAAGAUGGUGGAGAACCUGAAGCUAGGCAAAGUGUCCAGCCGCAACCAGGUGAAAGGUGUAUCCCAGAACAUCAACUACACAACCAUUGCUCUGCUGCCUGUGUUGACAUCACUGUUUGACCACAUCUCACAGCAUCAAUUUGGAGAUGAUGUCAUUUUGGAUGAUCUGCAGAUAUCUUGCUAUCGCCUCAUGUGUAGCAUAUAUUCAAUCGGUACUGUCAGAACAGUGCACGCAGAACAGCAGAGGCCGGCACUGGGUGAAUGCCUGGCCCAUCUGGCAGCUGCCAUGCCUGUAGCAUACCUGGAGUCCCAUCUCAAUGAGUUCAACGCAUACUCGGUGUACACGACCAAGACGCCCAGGGAGAGAGCCAUUUUGGGACUGCCCAACGCCGUGGAAGAGCUGUGCCCUGACAUCCCUCCGUUGGACGUCCUGCUGAAGGAGAUCGGCCACCUGGCAGAGUCGGGAGCUCGCUACACGGAGAUGCCCCACGUCAUCGAGAUCACACUGCCCAUGCUCUGCAACUACUUGCCCCGCUGGUGGGAGAGGGGGCCCGAGAACUUCCCCGAGCUGGAGGGUCAGAUCUGCACCGACGUCACCUCGGAUCAGCUCAACCAGCUGCUCGGUAGCAUCAUGAAGAUCGUGGUGAACAACCUGGGUAUCGACGAGGCCUCCUGGAUGAAGAGAUUGGCUGUGUUCACUCAGCCCAUCGUGAGUCGGGCCAAGCCGGAGAUGCUGAAGUCUCACUUCAUCCCCACCAUGGAGAAGCUGAAGAAGCGCGCGGGCAAGGUGGUGACGGAGGAGGAGCAGCUGCGCAUGGAGGGCAAGAUGGAGGUGGACAGCGAGGGCAGCACCAUCCGCGACGAGUUCGCCGUUCUCUGCAGAGACCUCUACGCUCUCUACCCCCUGCUGAUUCGAUACGUGGACAACAACAGGGCCAGAUGGCUGACCAAUCCUGACCCAGACGCUGAGGAUCUCUUCAGGAUGGUGGGAGAAGUCUUCAUCUUCUGGUCCAAAUCUCACAAUUUCAAAAGAGAGGAGCAGAACUUUGUUGUUAUGAAUGAGAUCAACAACAUGUCGUUCCUCACUGCGGACAGCAAGAGCAAGAUGAGCAAGGCCGGGGAAGGAGAGAGCGGCGGCUCAGAGGAGCGUAGUAAGAAGAAGAAGCGCGGCGACCGCUACUCGGUGCAGACCUCUCUCAUUGUAGCCGCCUUGAAGAAGCUGCUCCCCAUCGGCCUCAACAUGUGCUCCCCUGCCGACCAGGAGCUCAUCAACCUGGCCAAGAUCCGCUACUCACUGAAAGACACAGAUGAAGAGGUCAGAGAGUUCCUCCAGGGCAAUCUGCACCUUCAGGGCAAGGUGGAGGACCCAUCCAUGCGCUGGCAGAUGUCUCUGUAUAAGGAGACCUCUGGGAAAGCGGAGGAUGCUGACAGCCCAGAGAAAGUGGUGAAGAGAGUACAGGAGGUUUCUGCUGUUCUCUUCCACAUUGAGGUGACUGAGCAUCCAUUCAAGUCCAAGAAGAUGGUGUGGCACAAGUUGUUAUCCAAGCAGCGUCGCAGAGCCGUGGUGGCCUGCUUCAGGAUGACGCCACUCUACAACAUCCCAAGGCACAGGGCAUCUAACAUGUUCCUGGACGGAUAUAAGCGUAACUGGAUCAUGACGGAAGGCUAUUCGUUUGAGGACAGGAUGAUAGAUGAUCUAUCGAAAGUGAUGGAGGAAGAGGGUGAGGAAGAGGAGGAGGAGACCGAGGCCAAACCAGACCCCCUCCACCAGCUCAUCCUACACUUCAGCCGCACCGCUCUCACCGAGAAAACCAAGCUCGAUGUAGACUAUCUGUACAUGGCUUAUGCUGAUAUUAUGGCAAAGAGCUGUCACAUUGGUGAGGAGGAGGCCGAAGGGGAGGAGGAGGGGGGCGAGGAACCAUCCUUUGAGGUGCGACAGACAGAGCUGGAUAAGGAGAUGGAGAAGCAGAGGCUCCUGUACCAGCAGUCCCGGCUGCACGAGAGGGGCGCUGCAGAGAUGGUGCUGCAGAUGAUUAGUGCAUGCAAAGGUGAGACGGGAGCCAUGGUGUCCUCUACUCUGAAACUGGGUAUCUCGAUCCUGAAUGGAGGCAACAGUGACGUUCAGACAAGAAUGUUGGAUUACCUGAAGGAUAAAAAGGAUGUGGGCUUUUUCUUGAGCUUGCAGGCUCUGAUGCAGACCUGCAGUGUUUUGGAUCUUAACGCCUUUGAGAGACAGAACAAGGCUGAAGGGCUGGGAAUGGUAUCUGAGGAGGGCUCAAAUGAAAAAGUGAUGGCGGACGCGGAGUUCACCUGCGACCUUUUCCGUUUUUGCCAGCUGCUCUGUGAGGGGCACAAUAACGAUUUCCAGAACUAUCUCCGUACCCAGACUGGUAGCACCACUACCAUUAACAUCAUCAUCUGCACUGUGGACUACCUGCUCAGACUGCAGGAGUCCAUCAGUGACUUCUACUGGUACUACUCUGGCAAGGACAUUAUUGAUGAGCCGGGCAAGAGGAACUUCUCCAAAGCAAUGACAGUGGCCAAACAGGUUUUCAACACCUUGACAGAGUACAUCCAGGGCCCAUGCACUGGUAAUCAGCAGUCCUUGGCUCACAGCAGGCUGUGGGAUGCUGUGGUGGGCUUCCUCCAUGUCUUCGCCCACAUGAUGAUGAAGCUGGCCCAGGAUUCAAGUCAAAUUGGACUCCUGAAGGAGCUGCUUGAUCUGCAGAAGGAUAUGGUGGUCAUGCUCCUCUCACUUCUUGAGGGAAACAUUGUCAAUGGCACAAUUGCACGCCAGAUGGUUGACAUGUUGGUGGAGUCCUCCAGCAACGUGGAGAUGAUCCUCAAGUUCUUUGAUAUGUUCCUGAAGUUGAAGGACAUUGUUGCCUCCGACGCCUUCUUAGACUAUGUGACAGACCCCCGUGGUCUGAUCUCCAAGAAGGACUUCUCCAAGGCCAUGGACAGCCAAAAGCAGUACUCGCCAUCAGAGAUUCAGUUCCUGCUCUCCUGCUCGGAAGCUGACGAGAACGAGAUGAUAAACUUCGAGGAGUUUGCUGACCGCUACCAGGAGCCGGCUAAGGACAUCGGGUUCAACAUUGCCGUGUUGCUCACCAAUCUGUCUGAGCAUGUUCCCCACGACACCCGUCUGCAGAACUUCCUGGGGCAGGCCGAGAGCGUCCUGAACUACUUCCGUCCUUUCCUGGGCCGCAUCGAGAUCAUGGGAGCCAGCAGGAAGAUCGAGCGUAUCUACUUUGAGAUCAGUGAGGCGAACCGCAAUCAGUGGGAGAUGCCCCAGGUUCGAGAGUCCAAGCGGCAGUUCAUCUUCGACGUCAUCAAUGAGGGCGAUGAGUCCGAGAAGAUGGAGCUCUUUGUCAACUUCUGUGAGGAUACAAUCUUUGAGAUGAACAUCGCCUCCCAGAUUUCAGAGCCGGAGGGCGACGGAAACGGGGCUGAGGAUGACGAAGACGAGGAAGAAGGUGGUUCCGGUGAGGGAGAGAGCGCGGAAGGGGAAGAAGGCAAUGGAGAGGAGGCUCCCCCCGAGUCAAGCUCGGCCUUCGCCGACUUCAUCAAGGGUGUGGUGAACUUCUUCAGCAUGUUCACCUUCCGGAACUUGCGACGGCGUUACCGGAAACUCCGAAAAAUGACCAUCAAGGAGAUGAUUGUCGGCCUGGUCACGUUCGUCUGGACAAUCUUCAUAGGCAUCCUGCACUUCAUCUACAGCGUGUGCCGCGGGGUGUUCCAGCUCAUCUUCCACUCGCUGUUUGGAGGCGGCCUGGUGGAGGGCGCUAAGAAGAUCACGGUGACGGAGCUGCUAGCCAGCAUGCCUGAUCCCACGCAGGACGAGGUGCACGGCGACCUUCCUCCCGAACCUGGACGAGCACAAGAGGGAGUGGGCGGAGCUGAGGAGGACGCGGAAGAAGGAGCAGAGGAGGAGGAAGGAAAGGAGGACGAUGGAGGAGGCAGACCUGGCUUUGAUACACCUGGCGGACUCGGGGACAUGGGAGAGACUGAAGCCGAGGAGCCACCAACUCCAGAAGGCACCCCAUUGCUCAAGAGGAAACUUCUGGCCGCAGCUGAAGGUGAGGAAGGAGAGGGAGGAGAGGCAGAGGCAGAGGCCGAGCCAGAGGCUGCUGAGGAGGAAGCUCCCGUGGAACCCGAGAAAUCUGAUGCUGAAAAUGGUGAGAAGGCUGCGAAGGAGGGCGAGGCAGAGGCGGCGGAGGCGGAGGCAGAGGCCCCUGAGGAGGAGAAGAAGGUCAAGGCCAAAGCCAAGAAGGGCAAAGAAGAAGAAGAAGCUGGUUUCGAACUCUGGAAUGAACUGGAAAUCCAAAGAAUCAAAUUCAUGAAUUACCUGUCAAGAAACUUCUACAACCUGCGCAUGUUGGCUCUGUUCAUCGCUUUCGCUAUCAAUUUCAUCCUGCUCUUCUACAGGGUGUCAGACAGCCCACCAGGUGAGGAGGAGGAGUUUGAGGGCUCCGGCGUGUUUGAGGGUUCCGCCAUGUUUGAAGGCUCUGGAGGUGAGGAGGAAGGAGGCUCGGGCAUGGAGGACGGCGGCGAAGACGACGAGGACGAAGGGCCCGUGUACUUCUUCCUGGAGGAGAGCACGGGAUACAUGCAGCCCGUCAUGUCCAUGCUCUCCAUCAUCCACACCAUCAUCUCUUUCCUCUGCAUCAUCGGCUACAACUGCCUCAAGAUCCCCUUGGUCAUCUUCAAGAGGGAGAAGGAACUGGCCCGCAAUGUGGAGUUUGAUGGCCUCUACGUCACGGAACAGCCUGAGGAUGAUGACAUCAAGGGCCAAUGGGACAGACUGGUCCUGAAUACACCGACAUUCCCCAACAACUACUGGGACAAGUUUGUCAAAAGAAAGGCUCUGGAUAAAUAUGGCGACAUCUACGGCAGAGAGAGAAUUGCUGAGCUCCUCGGUAUGGAUCUGGCUUCCCUUGACGUCAGCACACAGCAGCUGGAGAAGAAGCCCGAACCAGAUACUUCUUUUAUCACCCGCGUCAUGUCCAUUGACAUCAAGUACCAGAUCUGGAAGUUCGGUGUGGUCUUCACAGACAAUACCUUCCAAUAUCUGGUGUGGUACAUGGUGAUGUCUAUGCUUGGACACUACAACAACUUCUUCUUUGCCUGCCACCUGUUGGACAUCGCCAUGGGCGUCAAAACCCUGCGCACCAUCCUGUCCUCUGUCACCCACAACGGCAAACAGCUGAUGAUGACUGUGGGCCUGCUUGCGGUAGUGGUGUACCUCUACACCGUUGUGGCCUUCAACUUCUUCCGGAAGUUCUACAACAUGAGUGAGGACGAGGACGAGCCCGACAUGAAGUGUGACGACAUGAUGACUUGCUACCUGUUCCACAUGUACGUGGGUGUGAGGGCUGGUGGUGGCAUCGGUGACGAGAUCGAGGACCCGGCCGGUGACGAGUACGAGCUCUACCGUGUGGUCUUUGACAUCACCUUCUUCUUCUUCGUCAUUGUCAUCCUGCUGGCCAUCAUCCAGGGUCUGAUCAUUGAUGCCUUUGGUGAGCUGAGAGAUCAGCAGGAGCAGGUCAGAGAGGACAUGGAGACUAAGUGCUUCAUCUGUGGAAUUGGAAGCGACUACUUUGACUCGACUCCGCACGGCUUUGAGACGCACACCUUGGAGGAACACAAUUUAGCCAAUUACAUGUUCUUCUUGAUGUACUUAAUCAACAAGGAUGACACUGAACACACUGGUCAGGAGUCGUAUGUGUGGAAGAUGUACCAGGAGAGGUGCUGGGACUUCUUCCCAGCUGGAGACUGUUUCAGAAAACAGUAUGAGGAUCAACUCGGCUAAACUCGACUUUUGGCAUUGACCGUAUAUACGUUCUGGAGUAGAAGGCAGCGGAAUAGACCAAAGAGGACGAAGGAAUAUAUUUACUUAGACACACAAACAUGAAACAUCUACAGAUGCUUUGCACAUGAAGCUUAAAUGUGUCAGUGAAAGUGACAUAAGACAAAAACAAUUACACGAGGACACACGUAAGCUGUGUUUUUAUUUUUUACAGCAUUCAAACACCGUAAAGUCAUUUAUGACAAACAUUGAUAGGCAAUGAGCCAAACUGAUCUGAUUGUCGGUCAAGCUUUAUCACCUCUUAAAAAUUGUACCAUUGCUCCCCAACUUAAGUUGCUGCUGAUUGUAAAUUCAUCACAGUGCCUAAUAGUUGUUUUUAUAAAGCAUACUAUGAAAUGACACAGAAGUGCUUCAUUAUCACGAUGACCAGUGCUAGAAUGGUUAACGAUAGCUUUGCUCUUUUUAUUAGACCUAGUACUACACUCUUGUAGUUAUAGUUUUUAACGUUAAGUGUAACAAACGCUAGUUUUAUAGUUUUAUUUGUCUAUAUUUUUUUCGUCGUUUGUGAUAUUGUCACCUACAGUACUUGUCUGGCUACAAAUAUGAAGUAUUUGUAUCACACACACACACACACACACACAAAAAAACGGACAUGAUUGAAGCUGGAUCACCUGUCAGGCAUGGACUAUUUCUCAGAAUAAAAACAGAUCAUAUGCAGCCAAUGGCAGGCCCAUUAUCAAUAUCUCUCCUCCAGGAAGAUGUGGAUACUGUAUGUUUCCUCAUUGGAUCAUAUUUUGUUAUGUCUGGAGCUGACUAUGAUUUUGGAAACCCAUAAUGAUGUUAGUAUUUACCCACUGAGUACGUAGGUGAUAAAUUAUGGGAGAAAAAAAAAACAGUUUGCACUCUAAUGUCUUACUCUGUGGUGUGCUUCUUGCCACAGUUAUCUAAGUGUCUAUAACAAAAAAAUAAUAAAUAACACUAUUGUCAACUCUGUCACGAAAAAAGAGCUGUUCAGAGUUGCUGAUGUUGCUGAUAUAUUAGCUCUUGCAUCUUUACUGAAGAUGUUACAGAGCCACAGACACUGAAAGACAUCGUAACCUGUGUGUGGAGGGGCAGUGAAUUCAUAGAUUAUAUUCAUUGUGGCCAAUAUCAUGCAACAUAUCAAUCUACAUGUGAUUGGCUGCAUGAAUGUGUUCUGGGGAAAAAAUGACUUUCUUUUAUCAGUACAGGUUUAUCUACCUUGUUUAGAGCUUUAAAAUAUAAAGCCAUCACGUUUUCUGCUGAUAAAGGAUUUUCAUCAUAGUUAUUUUUAGCAAAGUGCUCUGUUAUUUUUAUUUAUUGAUUUAUUUAUGAAGGACAAACAUCCGGUUGUCUUUUGACAUGUGUCAAAGACCACUACUGGAUAUGUAUACUGUAUUUAUGCACACGCUGUCACAGAAUCCCAUCUUUAUUUUCACUUUUGUCACCAACUUGGGAUGUGAGGAUGGCAGUGUGUUUGUUGUUGAGGUAUGAGGAAAUGACUGUCAAGGUUUAUAACAUGGUUGGCCACAGAGAGCAAUGUCAUGGUUGACAUGUAGAGACAGAAAGAUUUCUAACUGUGUGCCAUCUGACUGAAACCUGUGUCUAAAAAAAUAAAAAAGGAUUUCAAUAUUUUAA